AUGUGUCCAAAUAAGCUGAAGGUUAUCGUGGAGGGACUUCUCCCCACGCACACUGCUACGAUGUGGCCACCAACACCGUACGGUCCAGAAAAGACGGCCAGCACUGACGGUCUGCAAGUCUUCAACGAUGAAAUAGUGGCAUUGGCAAGACAGCUAAAGAAGAAGAAGGCCCCUGGUUCAGAUGGAAUUCCCAACGCGGCUCUUAAGGCAGCAAUACAAGCGUUCCCGGAUAUGGGGCUAGGACACUCUGCUCUGGUUCUCAAUAACUUCAAGUUCGUUCGAACAUGCCUCUACACAGGCCCGUCAUUUGCAGGCAGAGUUUCCUACUGGUUAGCAACUAGUCAUCGCCGUCGGGGAGCACAUGCUGUCGGGGAGCACGGGGAGCGUGCUAUCAAGCAUCUGGGAGUAAUGAUAGACGACCGGUUGAACCUUAACUGCUACGUCGACUACGUUUCUGAGAAGCCGUCGAAGGCUACCAUUGCGGUAGCCAUAGUCGAUACUGCGGUAUGGAGGUCACGCAACGUCAGUCUGCACGGAAUGCAGAGCGACGGUGGAAACCCCACAGUACGUAGUCUUCGAAUGUCCUCUACUUGCCGCGGUGCGAAGGGAGAUGCCUCCCCUGACUGUGGAGAACAUAGUGGGCGAAAUGUGUCCGGAGGAGAGCCUAUAGCUAAGAUUUCAGCCUUCUCAGGUAGUAGUAGUAGUAGUAGUAGUAGUAGUAGUAGUAGUAGUAGUAGUAGUAGUAGUAGUAGUAGUAGUAGUAGUAGUAGUAGUAGUAGUAGUAGUAGUAGUAGUAGUAGUAGUAGUAGUAGUAGUAGUAGUAGUAGUAGUAGUAGUAGUAGUAGUAGUAGUAGUAGUAGUAGUAGUAGUAGUAGUAGUAGUAGUAGUAGUAGUAGUAGUAGUAGUAGUAGUAGUAGUAGUAGUAGUAGUAGUAGUAGUAGUAGUAGUAGUAGUAGUAGUAGUAGUAGUAGUAGUAGUAGUAGUAGUAGUAGUAGUAGUAGUAGUAGUAGUAGUAGUAGUAGUAGUAGUAGUAGUAGUAGUAGUAGUAGUAGUAGUAGUAGUAGUAGUAGUAGUAGUAGUAGUAGUAGUAGUAGUAGUAGUAGUAGUAGUAGUAGUAGUAGUAGUAGUAGUAGUAGUAGUAGUAGUAGUAGUAGUAGUAGUAGUAGUAGUAGUAGUAGUAGUAGUAGUAGUAGUAGUAGUAGUAGUAGUAGUAGUAGUAGUAGUAGUAGUAGUAGUAGUAGUAGUAGUAGUAGUAGUAGUAGUAGUAGUAGUAGUAGUAGUAGUAGUAGUAGUAGUAGUAGUAGUAGUAGUAGUAGUAGUAGUAGUAGUAGUAGUAGUAGUAGUAGUAGUAGUAGUAGUAGUAGUAGUAGUAGUAGUAGUAGUAGUAGUAGUAGUAGUAGUAGUAGUAGUAGUAGUAGUAGUAGUAGUAGUAGUAGUAGUAGUAGUAGUAGUAGUAGUAGUAGUAGUAGUAGUAGUAGUAGUAGUAGUAGUAGUAGUAGUAGUAGUAGUAGUAGUAGUAGUAGUAGUAGUAGUAGUAGUAGUAGUAGUAGUAGUAGUAGUAGUAGUAGUAGUAGUAGUAGUAGUAGUAGUAGUAGUAGUAGUAGUAGUAGUAGUAGUAGUAGUAGUAGUAGUAGUAGUAGUAGUAGUAGUAGUAGUAGUAGUAGUAGUAGUAGUAGUAGUAGUAGUAGUAGUAGUAGUAGUAGUAGUAGUAGUAGUAGU